CAUUGGGCCGCCAGUGAGCGCGCAUCACCGGCCCAACUUGCGCGUACAAAACGUGCGCAAAACACGUGCGCGUAAACGAACAUUCGAAAACUCAUUAAUUUUAAUUAUUAAUAAAACAGCGAUUAAUUGUUCAUAAUAAUUGCAGUGAUAGCUAUAAUUUGAAAAGUGCGAGUGAUGGCGCGUUUCCUGAUUGUGUUAGGUAUCUUUGGGCUAUUAAGAGGCUGUAUUGCGGACCGAUAUGACAAUCACACUCUUCUCCGUUUGUAUCCCCAAAAUGAGGCGCAGAUGACGUCAAUUCUAAAGUUCAAUGACCCCGAAGGAGUGGAGGUAUUGAAACGCAGUCGAGGAGUGAAUGAUAGUAUGGACGUACUUGUUCCUCCAGACAAACUUCACCUCCUAAAGGAUUUCGCACUGACGCACUUAUUACGACUAGAAGUGAAGGAAAGAAAUUAUGGGAGGAAGUUCGUGGAUCUAGAGCGGACCCCUCGGAGAAGAACAAUGAACUCGAAUCCAGCGUUUAAUUACCACUCACAUGCUACUAUACAAGACAUAAUUCUGGGCCUAGCUAAGCAGUAUCCAAAGGAGAUCCGUAUUCAAGAGGUGGGCAGCAGCUAUCAGGGUCGGAAGAUGAGGCUGGUCAAGAUAUCCAGCAAUCACGAAGCUGGCAACCCCAUCAUAUUUAUUGACGCAGGCAUCCACGCUCGAGAAUGGGUGGCGCCUGCGAUGGCGAUAUAUUUAAUCCACCGGUUUGUGACCGAUCCAUCUGCACGGAGUGAGCUGAAUGGGGUGGACUGGUACAUCCUGCCGUGCGCUAAUCCCGAUGGCUACGAAUACACCAGGGCCAGUUCUGCGAAUCGAAUGUGGAGGAAGACUAUGUCAGCCAUGGAGGGGGGAUGCUUCGGUGUCGAUGGCAACAGAAAUUAUGGAUUUAAAUGGGGUGUGAGCGGAGUGUCCCACAAUCCGUGCGAUAAGGAAACUUACGCUGGUCCCAGACCGUUUUCAGAACCAGAAACUAUAAUUGUUAAGAGAAUCAUGUUGGAAUACAGAGACAGGAUAAAGUUGUACCUUUCUUUGCACUCUUAUGGCCAAUAUCUCGUGUAUCCGUGGGGGUAUACUAGGGACCGGCUGCCCAAGCGGUGGAGGAAGUUAGACAGGCUUGCGAAGAUUGUGUCUAAGGCGGUCGCGGAUGCUGGUGGACUGCCGUUCAAAGUGCUGAGUGCUGGCAAGUGGUACGAGGCAGCUGGAGGCAGUGACGACUUCGCAUUCGGUGGAAUGGGCAUACCGUACUCAUACACCAUGGAGCUCACCGAUGGCUAUGAAUUUAUUUACCCCGAAGAAGAGCUCAAGAAGACCUUGCCGACACUGUACGAUGGGUUCCGAGCUUUUGCUACCGAGAUCAGAAGAGAAUACGGUAAAGGCCCACUCAGGGCAAAAAGGGACUCAGAAUCUGAUGAAGCAGACAAAGAAGAAAAUGACAAGUCUGAACAUUAACAUUGUUAAGGAAUCUACAACGAUAACUUUUUAGUUUUAUGUGAAAUAAAAAAUCCAAACGAUAAA